CUGUUGCACGCCGUUCCUUCACACACGCGUGGGUGAGAGCAGAGGGGAGAUGACCGCACAGCCGAGGUGGGGUCUCCGGCAGUAGAGGAGCCUGUAGCACAAUGAGAUGGUGUGGAGGUCAGAAGAAGUGAUUUAGACAAAUAUAUGGGAGGAAAUCACAGACCGCUCUAGUGUAAUAUUGGUGAGAUUGCAUAAAUUGCAAAGAUGAAGUUGAAGUUGUUCACAAGUUGGAUUUUCAGAGGAUGGAUAGUCUGCCUACUUCUGCUAGUGAAUGCCAAGAUGGGAGAGUCCAAAGCAACAUGUAAGAAUGACCAAUAUCCAAUGGAGUCCAGAUGCUGCAGCAAGUGUGGACCAGGUACUCGCCUGUUUCUUGAGUGCACAGAGACCAAAGACACUGUAUGUGUCAAAUGUAACGCUGAUGAAUACCAGUCGGGUUGGACCACAAAGACAAGCUGUACCCCGCAGAAGUACUGUGACCCAGGCAAAGGGUUUGUGCAAAGGCCUCAGAACCUGGUGGCAGAAGAACCCUGCCCUUGCCGCCCAAACUUCAGAUGCUCUCCAAUCAACUGUGAGUACUGUGAGGUGAUCCCCACCUGCUCCCCUGGGUCUGGACUGGAAACGAUGAUUGACGGAAAGAAGGAUUGCCUUCCCUGUAAGAAAGGAUUCUUCUCCAAUGAAGACAGUGAGGAUAAGUGCAAGCCAUGGACAAAUUGUAAGGCUCUGGGCAGGACUGAGAUCCAAGCUGGCACCGCUGAAGCUGAUGCAGAGUGUGGACCACCUGUGUCUAGUGCAGCUCCUUCCUGGGUAAUAGUUUCAGUGCUGUCUGUGAUCACUGUUCUCUGCCUCCUUAUCCUCCUUCUCUUCUGCUACAAAGACAAGAUGAAACUACUGUCAGUAAAUCUGCGAUCCUGUGUCCAAAAUUUGAAGAGAACAAGGAUCCAACAAGAGACUGGAGGACUCCCCAAAUGCACAAAUCCAUGUGAAACCACUAAACUCGUCUGUCAAGUCCCCCUCACCCCAACUGACGACUCCCUAUACCCCACCGCUCUCCCUGCCAAAGACCCCCUCCCCUGCACACUGGAGGUGAUGGAGAGGGAAGCAUCUCGGGAGAAGACCAACUCUGUAGAUCUGAGUGAGGGGUCUGGAGAGCCCGAGGAAGUAUCGGAGGAUGAGGGGGAGAUGGUGAUCGCGCCGACAGCUUCGUGCGGGUGUGUGCCUUCUGUGCAAGAGCCUCUGGAGGUGGGGGAGAAUGAAGACUGUAGCCAGGCCGUAGAUCCUGGCUCUUUUGGGACAUGCUGCUGUGGAGGGUCAGAGGGAGAGGACAGAAAGAAAGACACUGAUAGAGGGAUUAAGACAGAUUUUGUGACUGGACUUCUAUCUGUAGUAUCCCUUUCGUCAUCUCACCCUGAAAUCUGCCUGCCCCUGUCCAAAGCUGACACUAAAAUAGCCUUAAAAACGGACAACUUAAAACUAGAAGAGCCAUACAAACUGAAAUGCUUAGAAUCUACUUCCAUAGACAAUAACAACAGCGUAACAUCAGCAGUGAGCUCAGUGGGUCCGCUGAUCACCUCCUCUUUUGCGGGAGAUCUUUAUCAAGACAAACCAGAGCCCACCAGCCUGGGACCCUCCUGUGACGACAAGGGCCCAAACAAGUUCUCAUCUGGGGAUUGCGAAAUCGAGUGUUCCCCAGAGAGUCUCCAAAGUCAGCUGGUGGAGCCAACUAAUACCUCAGGUCAAGUGUCUGGAAAUCACAACACCACCUUCAUCUCCAGUGGCCAGGUGAUGAACUUCAGUGGUGAUGUCAUUGUGGUUUAUGUCAGUCAAACAUCGCUUGGCAAUGAGGAGGCGGGACCAGACGACGCUUUUGGGAGCCCUGUACAAGAACAAGCCAAUGAGACUGGCACGUUUUUCCAGAGCAGCUCAACCCAGGACUCAUUUACCCAAAGCACUUUGCAGGAGCAGACUCUGCCAGUCCAGGAAAUGAUGGAUGAACGAGCACCAGAAAAGAGGAAAGGGACAAAAUAGCCAUCUCAGAUUUCAAACCGUAUCAUUGCAGUUUUUAGUGUGCAGAGGUUCUCUCAUUAAGGCCUGGACAAUAGCCACACUUCAGCACAGGUGCAUUCUAGAGGGGAGUAUUUUUAUAUGGAAACUCCCAUCUCCACUGGGGAUUUUUCUGCAGAAGUAAGGGUGGAAAUUAUUGCAGGUCUUAAUACAAAGUUUUAAAAAAUGUACCUGGCUUUUGACCAUGCGGAUAUCAGGUUUUCUGUUCAGAUCCACUGUGUGGAAAUGUGGUGUGUCUUUCUGAAAUACACAUACAAAAUAUUUUUUGUUCUUUUACUUUUGGACCAAAGAGGUGCAGUACAGGGAAUAUUCAGUUAAAAUGAAUCUUUGUUGGUUUUCAGGGUCAAAAGUGUUCAAGAGAGUUUUAAGAUUGAAGUUCAUGGUUUGAAACUAUGCCUCUUUAAUGUUUGUCGAUCACUUUUCUCAUUGUACUUUAAGUGCAGUUUGUGUUUCAGAAAUGCUAUGCAUUUGAUAAGCUAUUUUACUACUGGUUUGUUUUGUUGAAAUGAUGACAUUUGUUUUUUUUGUAUUCAACUUUAAUGAAGACGAUUUUAAAAUGUGGAGUUUUAAAUAAUUAUAGCAGAUAAAAUUAAUUUGUGAUAAUUGCUGUAUAUACUUCCAAAGACAUAUCAUAUAAUUGUGAGACAAUAAUGAAAAAAGAAAUUUGUACAUAUCAAUUUUCUGCAGUAAAUGACUGAAAAAAUAUUGA